UGCACGCCUCUGCACUCUGCACUCCUCCCUGUCAUCGUUACCGCGUCUCCCAAGCCCGUCUCCUAGGACUCGAACGCUCUUCUCUGCACCCCGCGUUCGCAUCACUCGAACCCCCUCCUGGUUUCCCAGCCUUGCGCGCACCCACGUUCGCUGGACACCCGCACACGACACCUCCCACGCCAAUCUGCACCUUACUGAGGCUGCGAGCAGCUCUUGACCUUCGUCUCUGCACCCGUCCCCUCAUCAUGGCUGCUUCGGCUACCCAACCCGUCUCCAAGUCGGCCAAGAAGAAGGCCGCAAAGGCUCAGGCCCGCAACGAGUCGCCGACUCCCAGCGCCGAGUCUGGCCCCGCUGACAAGGCAGCCGAGGCUCAGGAGGAGACCUUCGAGAGCCCCUACAUCAAGGAGCUGCAGAAGAACAUCCGCAACACGGCCAAGAAGCUGGCCAACGCUUCCAAGACGGAUUCCCUGCUCAGCCAGCACGCUGGCAAGUCUCUCGAUGAGCUCGUCGCCGAGAAGAUUCUCAACAAUGACCAAAGAGCCCAAAUUCUGAAGAAGCCUGCCCUCCAGGCGGCGCUGGCCCAGUACGAGGAGCAGCUGGCUCAGUUCCAGAAGGUCCACGAGCAAUACCAGGCACGAGCGGCUGCCGACAAGGCAGAAUGGGCCAAGUCGCUCGAGAAGGCCAAGGAGGAGGCAGUCAAUGAGGUCAAGGCUAGCGUUGAAAGCACCCUGAACGCCAACCUCCUCGUUCUGUCGCAGUUCCUGCGUCUGGCCGCCUACCGUCGAGAAGAGUCUCAGGACCCUGAGUCUGACGAGAGCCAGGCUAUCGAGGGUGUCCUGCUUGCCAUUUACUCUGGCGAUGAGAAUGCCGUCGCUGCCAUGAAGAAGCUGAUUGACGGUUCUGACGAGCAAAUCCUCAGUGUUCCUGGAGAGCAGCUCCAAACAACUUAUGCCGCCGUCAAGACGCUUGCACAAACCUACAAUGCUCCAUCCUACACCGAAGCACAGCCAGCCACCGAGACUGUCACCGACCCUACCAUUGCGAACGAGGCCGCGACUGAGAUUGCAGCUGGAGAUGGUGCUCUGACCAACGGCCAUGAGGCUGUGGCAGCCGAGCCUGCUUCCAACGGCCUUGCUAAUGCUGCCGUUGCGGAUGAUGCGGCGAACGCAGUUGCUGAGAGCCACUGGGAUACCAGCAAUCACGAUAACUCCAUUUCUCAGGAGUGGGUUGACGUUACCCACCCUGUUGAGUCGACUGAGGGCAGCGCGGAGCCUUCUGCGGAGGCGCCCGCCGAGGCUCCUGCAGAGACUCCUGCAGAGCCUGCUACUGAGGCCAAGAAGCAAUCGUGGGCGGACGACCACCCCGAUCCCGUCACCGAGGUAUGUGUCAUGCUCCAUCUGCUCCUGCCGAUGCCAACGAUGGAUUCCACCAGGUCCAGCGCAACCGCGGCCGACAGGAUCGUGAGGGCAGUGGAGGACGAGGACGUGGUCGAGGCGGCCGAGGUGGCUACCGUGGAGAUGGCCGUGGCCGUGGCCGCGGACGCGGCGGAGGUGAUCGCGGUGACCGCGGCGGCGCCCCCUUCCGAGGUCCUCGCCGCAACGAGUCGUAGAGCUCGCGCUCGCGGUUCGUGGGUAAGAUUCCAUCAGAUUUCUUGCUUCUCUGCGCACCCCCUCGGGAGGUGGAUUGUAACAUUACGACAUGAUGGCGUUACCUGGUUUCUCCGGCCACAUCGGCGGAGCUGAGUUAGGGUGAUUUUAGGCAUUGCAUUGGAGCUUGCCCAAGCUGGCAGGCUCUCUCGGGUUCAUUCUGGCGGCAAGGGAUGCGGUUGGGACGGCUUUUCUUUCAAUAAGCACCUUUGUAAAUCCUCAUGGCUCUUGGGACGUGCAGCAUCUUUG